AUAAUAAAAAAAAAAUAUUCUAUUAAAUAAUUGUACUUAUUAAAUUUCGGUAUUCUAUACACUAUAUUAAUAUAAUCGAACAGAAUCUAUUUGGAUUCAAAUUUAAAAAAUAUUCGAUGUAACCAAUCUUAUAAUAAAUUUAAUUGAUUUGAAGGUUGCUAUGAUACUAGUACAUUAUUAAACAUCAACAAAAAAACGAACAACUACAUUAUCCCAAUGCCGGUAAACAAUAUAAAUCCACUUUUUCUUUGCUAUUUUUUUCAUGCAUAAACAAUAAAUAUUAAAUUUAAUCUUGUACAAAGUUAAGUAGCUUAUAUUUAAUUUUUGUAAAAUGGAAUCCAACACGAAUGAUCAUAUUGAUACAAAUAAUACUCUAAGUAUAUUAGGCCAAAAAUCUUUGAUAACUUUUGAAAAUUCAAAUACCAUUUACAGAAAUCAAUUGGACAAAAUUAUAAAAAAAGAGGAAAGAUUAAUGGUCAAAGAAAACCGAUGUAUAGCUAAUAAAGAAUAUAUAGAAAUGAUUCCAGAAAUAAAUAAAUCAAAACAACUUGGAUCAAAAAUAAUUUUGAAGAAUGAUUCAUUAGUAUAUCUUGGAAAAAAAUCUCAUUCUCAUUUGAAUCAAUAUUUUAAUGUUUACCCUGAAAUUGAAACAUUCAAAGAUAAUGGUUACUCUAUAAAUAUUUUAGUACAUAAUAACAUCACAGUAGUAAACUAUAUUAAUCAAAUUAGCUCUGAAAUUCAAAAUAAAUACAUUACGCGUGAUCAUAACGACCACUUUGAUAAAAUAACUUACGAAAAAAAGAACUGUACACAAUUACUAAAUACAAUCAAUUCAUAUCAAUUUAAUUUACAAAAAAAAUAUUGGGAUAAAUGGAGAAACUUUGCUUCGAAAAAAAAAAAAACCUUAAAGUGUAGGAGUAAAUACGAUGGUAAAAUCGAUUCAUUUUUAACAAAAAUACAAGAAAAAAUAAAUGAGAGACAAUCAAAGAAAAAUAAAGAAAAAAAACUGCCCUAUUGUGUUGCACCUAAACAAAUCAAAACAAUAUAUGAAAGACAACAAACGAAAAUUGACAAUCAAAAGAAACUGCUAGAAAAACAGCAAAAGGAAAUUGAACGCUUAAAAAUUCAACAAUUUAAGUUAGAAACAGAAAAGGCAAUGCUAGAAAAUCAAAGAUUGUCAAAUCAAAUUUUGAACAAAGCAGAAAAAGGAUUAAAAUUAAAAGAUGCUUCCCAAAAACAGUUGUGUUUGGCGGUACCAACUCCUACUGACAUAUUGAAUCGAAUGGAAAUAAGAGCUAUACAACGUCAAGCUAAAUGGGAAGCUAUCAAAGAACGACAAAAAAUUAUAGAACAAGAAAAAUAUCGUAAAAAACAAGAACAAGAAGAGAAAUCGUUGAAAGAACAAAUGGAAUUAAAAAGAAGAAAACUAUUUGAAGCUCGAGAAAAACUGAAGUUAAAAAAAAUUGAAGAGAGUAAACAACAAAUGGAAAGAGAUAUUUUACGCAAAAAAAUUAAAAUUGCUGAUGAAUUCUACUCUAAAUUGUUAAUUAGAAGAAGUUUUUACGCUUUUCAAAAUAAUUUAAGUGUUAUUAGACUGAAAAUGCAAAAUGCUUUAGAUUUUUAUAAUCAUAAGUUAAUAAUCACAUAUUUUAAUAAUUGGAGACUUUAUAGUAUCAAAUGUUUGGAUGAUAAGGUUCAAAUAGCUGAUCAACACUACAAGAAAAAACUUAAAAUACAAAUUUUUUCAGCACUUUAUAUGUUGAUAGAAGACAACAGGAGACAAAAACAAGUAGCUGAAGAUUGGAACAAUUUUAAAAUUCUUGAAUUUUGGUUUAAACAAUGGCUAGCACUUCUAAAGAAAAUCAAAAAGGAUUUAAAUGAAAAGAUGUUAAUAGCAGAAAAUCACCAUGACAGGUGUACAAAUAAUGGCAACAACACUUCGGUAGAAGCACUUUUGUGAAGAAACCGAAUCAAUAUAAUUUAUUAAUUGGUGCGCAUAACGAACCAACAGUCCUGAGUGUAUAUGCAGUUCUUGUACACCUCUAGGACAAUUAAAACUAAACUAAACUAACAAUACAUUACUAAGUGUUUAAGUCAAUUAAUAAACAUUUAUAUUGGCUGAUAAUGCAUUUGAUAACUUAAUAAAAUGUAUAUAAUUAUAGUUAUAAUAAUAAUUUUAAAUACCUGUGUAGAUUGUCUAGUGAAUGAAGUUACUUACUUUUGUUUAGAGUUAUUUUGAAAUACUAUUUUGAUAGUUGGAGAAAAUAUCCAGAAAUUGUACAUACGGAAAGACUUAAAAGUUGUAGAUUACGAAAAUGGCACGAAAAGGUUCAAGAAAUUU